AUGUCUUUGUCCUUCGUAUCUACUACCAAUGCCCCCGCGGCUGUGGGCCCGUAUAACCAGGCGGUGAAGGCUGGCAACCUCCUCUUCGUCUCUGGGUCACUCGGGAUCGACCCGGCGACUGGCAAGCUGGUUCCAGGAGGCGUUGAGGAGCAGACGGAGCAGGCGCUGAAGAACAUGAAGACCAUCAUUGAGGCUGGGGGCAGCGAUGUUAGCAAGGUGGUCAAGACGACUGUAUUUUUGAAGUCUAUGGAUGAUUUUACCACAAUGAACGGCAUCUACGCACGCUUCUUUAAUGGGCACAAGCCGGCACGGUCGGCUGUGCAGGUUGCGAAGCUUCCUUUGGAUGGCCUGUUUGAGAUUGAGUGCAUUGUGAGGUACGUCUGA